GUGUAUUGAAAAUCGAGAUCUUUCGAGAUAACCUGAUCGCCGAAACGAAACGUGAAAGUCUGGCGGAUUCAUAUUCGUGUUUUGUCGCCCGAAUUGGCAACAUCGCUUCCAGGAAAAACAGCUGUGUUGUGUUAUUGUGUAUGUUUACAUCGGUGGUAGCGGACAGGUUGGGUUGUGAAUAGAGAAGAGCGAGAUAUGCCAUUUAUUUCGAAGGAUUGGCGAUCUCCAGGUGAAGCAUGGGUGAAAACACAGGAAGGAUGGGAAAAGAAAAAAGUCCUCGAAAAAAUGAUCAAGCAAAGAGAGGAAAGUUCCGAAACUGGAGAAGAUUCAGAUACAGAAAAUACAUCGCAACCACAUUGUAGGAUUACAAUCAAAUGUACUCGUGAGAUAGCCGGUUUCAAUGGUCUCGACGAGGCGGUAAAAAAGCUCGAUUUUCGAAGUGCCGUAAAAGACGUUCGAAGAUUCAAUUAUAUUUGCGCCCUCCUUGACCUUUUGGUAGGUCAACAAAUGACCGCUUUAUCGGGUUGCGCCCAAAAGGUCUUACUUGCCAUGCUUGAAGAAGUAGCGAAUUACGCAACCGCGAACCAACAUAACCCCAGAGGCUUACGAAGACUCAUCGCCAAAUUAAGAGCUUUAAGCGCUGCCGAAAGAAAUGCUUGUUGGGGGGGACCUUUGGGUUCUCAAUUGUUGUGGCAUCAACACGCUAUUAAAAUCGAUAAGAUUUUAUCUUUAGCUGGAGGAAUGCAAAUUUGUGAACCUAAUCCGGAAAUGAAACCGCAAUUUUUACAAUUACCGGAAGAAUGUAUAAGGGAGGUUAUUUUGAGAUUAUCUGAUCAUAGAGAUUUAACUGCCAGCGCUCAGGCGUGCGAAGAAAUUGCCGUUGUUGUUAAUGAACAAAGAGUUUGGAGAGAAUUGACUAAUUAUCACUUUACUCAACAACAAAUUGAAACUAUGAAAUUGAAGAAAGAUACUAAUGAUUGGAAGGAGUUAUUUCAUAAUUUAAAAAAAAAUUAUGGGAUUUCUGAAGAUCGACAAUACGCGGAAAUGUUAUCUUUAUGUCGUUAUUGUUGCUGUUUGUUCUGGCGAAGUUUGGGACAUCCUUGUAUAGCCGAUCAAUGUCCGGAAUUUCGGGCACGAAUCCAAGAAGCUGGAGGUUUAGUUCCUCCAAGUCCGAUUCCUCCUUCAGCAUUUCUAAAAUUUUUCUCCCUGUAGAUUCGUUCGGACCGUAGUCCGUCGUUUUCGCUGUGCGUACUUUUUAAAUUAUUAUUUGUUUUUUCUGCAUUGUGAUAAAGAAUUUUCGUGUAUCUCCAAAAAAAAUAUAAAAACUAGGCUGCUAUUUAUGAUAUUUACUAAUCUAAUUGAUUAUUAACACGAUGGAUAUUUUACUAAACUUAAAUUAUAUAUAUUAUAUAUAUUUAAAUAAAUAUAUUAUUUAUGCUAUCA